AGAGAGAGAAAGAGAUCUGCAGUUUAUGUGUGUGUAUUCGUGCAUUUACAUGAGUGUAUAUGGUCCAAGGAGUUUAAAGGGAUAAGUAUUUGCAAUGAAUGGAUAUGUGUGUUUAUGUCUAGUGUCAUCUCAUGUCAUGUGAUUUCUGAUGGGUGUGCCUAAAAGUGUAUUAUGUUGUAUAAUGUUGUCUUUAAGUGCACUUUGAAAAAGAAACAUCAGUGUUUACUGAUCAUUGCAUGUAUGAAAAAUCGAAUGUUUACAUUGAAUUGAAUGUUUACACUCCUGAAAUGUGUGUGUGUUCUGUACUUGUAGUCUGUCUGUUUGCGUGUGAGGUAGUGCGUGUGUAUGUGUGUGCGUAAGCAUGUGUGUGUGAGGGAUGAGAGAGGGGGAAGGGUGUGUUUAGAUGUGUGCGUCAGAGGUUUGUGUGUAAGUGUGAUCCAGAAAUCCAGAACAGUCUAAAUGAGAAUUCAUCAAUUUGAAUAUGUUUUCCGACCGCACGUGGAUAUCCCUGGUUUGGUUCUAUUCUUAACUAAAAUAUGAAUUAAGAUAUUAAAUUAUUUCUUGGUGCUAUCAAAAUUGGAUGUGUGUGUUUUUUUAUUUAAUAUUUAUCAACAUCACCAAUGUCAAACUAACGUUAACGUUACCCGACGACGCAUCUAACGGUAAAAACGUUGCAUUACUUAGCCACGAACAACACUGACGAAACCAAAUGACGCAUACACAACGUUGUUUUUUGACGAAAGUUAGUCAGAAAAACAAUAAAAGUGAUAUUGUGAAAUUUGUGUCUGUCAUAAACAUACUGGAGAUAGAACUGUCCAUAUCGACAGAUGAGUACAAUCAACUUCGCUUAGAAACAGACCCCCCUUCGCCCAACAUAUACUAGAGGUUGCGACCACUUCCUCUAAGGGGUGUUUAGUUACCGAUUUUUUCAUAGAUCAACUCAUUAAAGCUCGUUUUCAAACAGUAGCGAAACAGGUUAUAUGUCAUGAGAACUUACGUUUGUCUAAUAAAAAUCAAAACAGCUUCAAAACGUAUUUUCCCAAAUUAGUCAUUUUUGACUGCGCGUCCUCCUCCCGUUUGUGCUUGAAUGGUGGCGUCCGAAAGAACCUGUAUACUGAGUGAGCGCGAGCGAUCACUGCGCGUGAGAAGCCAGCGCACACAUCACCGGGAAUGGCGGAGAUCGUUCGCUCGCUCUUUGAUUACCGGGAGCCGCCGACGCUGGACAGCGACGGAGAGAGCAGCAAGCCGCCGCUGCCGCGAGGACGUGGAUGUGGAAGAAAAAGGAAGGGGACGCCAGUGAAGGUGUGCGACCGAGUCUUUGCUACAGAGGAUGAGGAGGAGAGUACGUUGGCGCACAGCUAUGGACUGGAGAAAGGUGAUAGUAAGGAAACACACAACAGAGAGAGACCGCCUGCUACGGACGGGCCGUACUAUGAAACACAAUCUGCUGAGCUGUGUGCGGGUGAGAUGGGUGAAGAGGGCACUAGCGGCGGAAAUGGAGCUAUGUCGUACCCCCUGCCGCCGAACUGCCGCAUUCGUGAGGUGCACUGUGGCAAUCAAGUGCGACUGAUCGUUAUAGCAAUCCGUGACAUCGCUAAGGGGGAGGAGAUCACAGUGGACUACAGUUUAACAGAGUGGGGAGAAAACGCUGUGGGUUUCCAUAGCACUGUGCCGUCAAAUAGCUUGGAGUGCAGCUCUGACCACGAAAACAAAGUUAAGAAGGUAAAGGAGGAGGAAUCCGGCCCAUUGCCUGUUUCUGUUUCAGAAUACCUCACACCUUCCUGGUCCCUCUCGCCCUCUUCUUCUCCUCUCUCUCACUCUGAGCCCAGCGACUCAGACCACGACUCUGAAGAUGCCAGUGCUGAGCUGCGAAUGCCGACAGCCCAACGGCGCAAGAAGCACAAAGCCUCCCCGCCUGCACGAGCUAAGGAAAUCCCAGUUCAGCAACCUCCCAGCCAUCCUCCCUCAUUUCCUCUCUCUCUCUCUCCCUCCUCGCUGCAGUCUACAGCUCCCUCCAGACCUGUAUUUAAGUGCCCGGCGCCUGCAGGAGUUCCCGCUAACAGUGUCAGUGUGUCAGUGGGUCGUGGGCAGAGCUCCGUGGCAGAGAAACAGCGCUGCGUUUACUGUCGCCGUCACUUCCGAUCUCUCCAACGCCAUAUGGACAAACACCACGCCCACCAGCCGGAUAUGCAGUCUGCCCUGAAUCAAGCACACAGCACCUUUUUACAGAAUUCCCCCCCAUUAUCAUCUUCUUCCAGUAAUCAUUUCCAAUGUCCCCAACGUGUGGAGGUUGCAAAACCACAAUCAACUCAAACUUCUUCUUUAUCACCUGUUAGAAAAAGCCCUGCGCUCUCUUGCCCUACUCGCAAAAGUGCCCCGCCACCAGUGACCCCGCCCAGAAGAGAAGGUGUUCCGGUGUCGGUAUUAAAAAAGAGCCCACCCACUCCAGCUACUCCCCCCAGGAAAGGAGGACGAAAAAUAAAAAGAGAGAAAGAUGACGUAAAGGUUUCAGAAAAUACAAAGGCAACUGAAGUGCCCACUCCAGCAUUGGUGGAGCAGUUGAAGGAGGCGGAAUCAAAACCUUUAAAGGAGGAGAGAGAAGAGCUUGAGGGAGACGACGAGAGUGAAGCGGAGGAUAAGAAUGACCUGUCGAGUUUGCGUCGUCCCCACAUGCUCCCGCUUCUCUCCUCCCUCUCCUCUCUGGUGUUGUACCUGCGACGACUACAGCACUCCGCCUUCAUCUCGCUCACCCGCUCGCCGCAGUCAGCAGAGGCCUGGCGACUCCUGUGUCACUCCAGCCUGGCUCUUCUCAUCCUCUACAACCGUCGUCGAGAAUGCGAAGUCUCUAAACUAACAAUCUCUGAGUACCAGGCUCGCAUCACACCUCAUUCUCCCAGUCCCGUGCCACUCGGGACGCCGCCAGCCCUCACCCCUCUCGAGGCCUCUCUCUCACCCUUUGAGCGGAUGGUCCUCCCCCAUCUUCCUCGCGUCGGGGUCCAGGGGAAGCGGGGCCGUGUGCAGCCACUCAUUCUUCCGCCACACUCUGAAGCAUGUCUGGAGAUGCUGUUGCUGACGCGUGCUGGCGUGGGCAUCGACCCCCAGAACCCCUAUGUCUUUGCCCGGCCGUAUCAUUCGCCAGCCACCCCCCUGCGAGGCACGGACUUACUGCGCAGCCUGGCCCGGUCUAGCGGCACACGGCACUCGCGGGCAUUGACGCAGACCCGCCUUCGCAGGCAGGUCGCGAUACUUACUCAGCUGCUGUUUUUAAGUGAAGGCGAGGAGGAGGGGGAGCGCGGGGCGGCCAUACAGAGAUUAGAAAGUUUCUUGGAAAAGGAAUAUCACGUGACGCAGAGCUGCACCACCAUCGGCCAGGACCCGGGGCUGAUGGGUCUUAUCGGACGGGUGGUGCUAUGUGGAGAGAGAGAUGGUGUCUUGUUUCGAGGAAUGAGUUUGCAUCACAUCUGUCUGGAGUUAGAUGUGUUGUCAGGAAACUCUGCAGACUCUCUGUCAGAGGAGUCCGAUGUUGAGCAGCGUAAAGCAAAACCAAAGAUGACUUCUCCAACCACUGCUGUCAUGAUUAAGAAAACCACAGUCAACAGCAAAUCUCCCCGACCCAAGAAGAUGAACAGCAGCUCCCCAGUUUCAGCAGGACGUAAAAGAACAUCAGGACAGCCCAAACCUGGUAAACGUGGCGUGCUGAAGCGGCCUUGGUCUGAGGCAGAGCGGGCGGCCGUAGAGUCCCACCUUGUGCAUAACAUUAUGGAGCUGCGUGUGCCCGCCAAAGCUGACUGCGAACGCUGUCUGGAGCUCUGCCCCCUGCUGGUCUCUAAUCGCCGGGAUUGGAGGGCUGUUAAAUUCUACUGUCACAAUCGUAUCCAACUUUUAAAGAAAACCCAGCAAAGAAGGGGUCCGCCCACCGUGUCCGUCUGCUGAGGUGGUCGAGGUGGGGUCCGGUUAGAUAAAAAAACAUUGACAUGGUACAUUCACAGUAACCAACGUAUAAAGAAGGCUUUAAUAAAUGUGACGUAUGUGAUUUGUGUUCAGUGUGUAUAAUGUGAAAACAAACAGUACAUUUGGUACAGAGAUAUUCUGGGGGGUUGAAGAACAUGCACAUGUAAACUUGUUUUGUGUAUCUAUUCAAUAUGUUAUGUCUUUUAAGAACACUAACUAUUGUCCGUACAAUCAGCAUGAGCUUUAUUACUGACGGUUUGAAAGUAGAUGGACAUUUUUUGAUAAGCUGAAAGUCUGAAUGGUUUCGUUUAGCCUCGACCACAUCUUCUCAAGUUCAAGACAGAGAAAGAGGCAAACUGGACACUAUGUGCCUUGAUGGCAGUAAAACGUCAAUCCCAGACUUAAAGAACAGGAUCAAGAUUAUUAAGGAAAAAAAAUAGAGAACAGUUUAACACCAUCUUUUAUUUCGUUUGUUUAUCAUUUUCGCUCCAUUAGAUUACAAAGGUCUCUUUUGAAGCCAACACAGUUUUUUAUAAAAUAUAUACAUUUCUUUUAUUUUUAUACUUUGUUUUGAUGGUUGGAUUGUUAACAUUUCAUUGUGGCCCUCGUGUUUUAUUGCUGAUGCUAAAUCUAGUCAUUCUGAGUUGGAAAGGUUCAUUGUCAUAUUGGUUAUGUUGUAGCUUGUCCUGACCAUCCAGCACUGCUACGAGUCCUGUUAUUUGAAAAUGGAUGUGAAUGUGUAAGUUUGGUUACUCGUUUACUUUAUAUUCAAUCCGUCAAAGCUGCAAUUAGAAGCACACAAUAACCACACCUAACACCUCAGUUUGUAUUCUAAUGAUGUAUUUGCUGUUUUGUUAUCUGUCCUUUUACAAUGUGCACAUACAUGUACACACAUUUUGCAUAUAUGUUGUUAUUGCUAUUAAUAGUAGUAUUGUUAUCACUCUUAAAACUUCCUGUGGCGAGUGUUUUUCCGAUUCCACUUAAAUGUAAAUAUUGAAUGUAAAUAUUGGCAGAAAAAAUAAUACAGAGCUCCUUGUAAAUACA